AUGGCGAGUCACUGGAGGGUCACCUGUUUUGCAGCGCUGGCUUUGCUAUGCUGCUUAGCCAGGAGAGAAGCAGAGGCUCAGAAGGGUGGGAAUCAGCAACCGCAAACAUCUAAAGUCCCUUCCAAGAGACCACAAACCCCUGGAACUCCCACCCCUAAAAGCUGUGAAGUGGCUAGCGCUUCAAGAGUCCCAUGUGGAGUUUCAGGCAUCACCGCAGCUGAAUGUACGGACAGAGACUGUUGCUUUGAUGGUCAGUCAUGCUACUUUGGGAAAGGAGUGACAGUCCAAUGUACCAAGGAUGGUCAGUUUAUUGUUGUUGUGGCCAGAGAUGUCACCCUGCCCAAUAUUGACCUUGAAACAAUCUCGCUUUUGGAAGGAGGUCAAGGCUGUACACAUGUUGACUCUAAUUCAGUUUUCGCUAUCUAUCACUUUCCUGUUACUGCUUGUGGCACUGUUAUCAUGGAAGAGCCUGGUGCUAUAAUCUAUGAGAACAGGAUGACUUCUUCAUACGAAGUUGGUGUCGGGCCUUUUGGAGCCAUUACCAGGGACAGCAGCUAUGAAUUGCUCUUCCAGUGUAAGUACAUUGGCACCUCAGUUGAGACGCUGGUGGUUGAAGUGGUAUCAGGUGAUCCUCCUCUACCGGUUGCUGCUCUUGGCCCCAUCAGAGUGGCCUUGAGGUUGGCCAAUGGCCAAUGCCUUACAAAGGGUUGCAACGAAGUGGAAGCUGCCUACAACUCCUACUUUAUGGACUCAGACUAUCCCGUUACCAAAGUGCUGCGGGAUCCUGUGUAUGUGGAAGUUCAGCUGCUUGAGAAGACAGAUCCGGCACUGGUUCUGACUCUUGGACGCUGCUGGGCAACCAUAGGUCCCAACCCUCACAGUUUACCCCAGUGGGACAUUCUGAUUGAUGGAUGUCCAUAUAGUGACGACAGAUACCUCUCCUCCCUGGUCCCUGUUGGUUCCUCCUCUGGACUGGAAUUUCCAAGUCACUAUCGGCGUUUUAUUUUCAAAAUGUUCACCUUUGUGAACACCCAUACAAUGGAGCCUCUGAGAGAAAACGUGUACAUUCACUGUAGCACAUCAGUGUGUGUGUCAGGGCAGGGUAUAAACUGUGAACCGUCAUGCCGCAGCGGCAAAGGAAAGAGAGACACAGCGGCUGCAGAGCAAUGGAACGCUCAACCAAAGAUUGUGGUUUCGUCUGGAGAAAUGAUCAUGACUGCCCCUCAGGAGUAA